GAAGGGUUUCUUCAGGUUUUCUUUGGCUGACCGAGUCCAGCGACUAACAAUUCAAAUCCUUUGUUCGCCAAGGUUUUAUUGAUAUUUGUUUCGGUUUAUUGAGGUUAGGACGGGUCGGGCAGCGUUCCUCUAAGGCAAACCAACGCCACCAUCAGUUGACUGAAAGAAAGACAUGCAUGCAAUUAUUUUUUUGGGGAACAAUCUACUGGGGGAAUAAAGUAGUUAUUUGAUGUAGGACACAUUUUUUUGCCUGCCAAAGGUAAACCGCAUCUGUAAAAAAAAAAAAAAAAAUCCUGUCAGUUCUAUUGACACAGGGGUCACGAUGAUAUUACUUAGUACAGAAGUCAUUCGGGCAUCGAUGGUAGACAUUACGAGCAUACAUUAAGUGAGCGACGGUGACUGACUGGAUCAAACGGAGUGACUUACCGAGACCAAACCAAUGAGAUGAAGUUAUUGUAACCUUAAACGAAUACCAUUGGACACAUCGACUGCUGAUCAAUUUGCAAAGCCAAUCAAAGACAUUGUCCCCGCCCACUCCAAUGUAUCCCGCCUCCGAGGUUUCUGGACUCCACCUGAUAGCCCUGGAAAGAGUAAGAAAGACCGGCGGCCAACUUUUUGAUAGCUUACAAACUAGGCUAAGAUGCCCCUUUCCCCGGACCCCAUGAACCUGUGUUCAUGUGAAACGCUUCAGUAUGAAUAAAGAAAAUGUGCGGAGUGAAAUGGACCUGGCAUCUGGAUCAGCCAAGCGCUAUGGGUCAUCAAGGAGUAUCGUGCGAAGAAUAGCUACAAGUCUGCCUCUUAAACCCUGUCCCAGAGUCCAGUUCCAGCUGAACUCCUAUGCAGAGGACGGCAGCUACCUGAGAGCCCCCACCAGACAGAACUUCCUGGUCACCUCCCUCGCUGACGUGGGCUGGAUCGCCCGAGAAGACGAUGAUGAGGAGGAUGAAGAAUACUUUGACAUGCCGAGGCCAGGGCCUUCAACAGGGCUGGUGUUUCGAUUGUCCCAGCCUCAGUCCCCCAAGGUGCCCAUGGCCCGGCCCCGGUCGCUACCCAGCCUGCACCAGGUGGACCCGGACCCCCAGGGCCCGGCCGCCAGCAACAACGAGGCCAAUCGGAAGAUCAGCGCCCUGGAGGAGGAGCUGGCCAAGCUGAGGGUGCAGAUCGCACAGAUUGUCCUGGCCCAGGAGAGGAGCACGCAGUCAGCUCCCGCCGCUGUUCCAGCAACUCCCCAGGCCUUCGGGGCCCCCCCACCACCCCCGCCCCCGCCCCCACCACCUCCUCCUCCUCCCCCUCUCCCUCCUCCGGCCCACGUGCUCCAGAGGACCUUCUCAGCCAUGGACCUGAUCAAGGCGCGCCGGGGGAAGAAGCUGGAGAGCGGCCCGGCGGCCCCGGAGCCCAAAACGGCCCCCAGCAUGCUCGACGUGCUGAAGGACAUGGGCCAGGUGAAGCUGCGCUCGGUCAAAAGGGGGGGGGAGGCCAAGGCCAGCCAGCCCAUGGACGCCGCCUCCCUCAUCGCUCAGGCCCUGAAGCGCAAGUUCGCCCACCGCCACCGUCACGACAGCGGAGCCGAGGACGACGGGGAAUUCACACUGCCUAUCCCAGACGCCAAACCGCCGGUCCAGACGCCCUCGUUCGGCCAGCACUUGUUGAAAUCCAGCGCCAAAAGGAAGUGGGACUGAGCGGCGCCCUCCCCCACGUCGAGGGGCCGUGUUGGGGACCAGAGCUCCGCCUCGGGUGGCUCCUUGUCUCACCCGCCUUCAAGUGUCGGCCCUUCUCCCACUCGCAGAGAGAAGGCAGUAGGUCAUUCUGAACGGGCUCAGCCUGCAGCAGAUGGGGGGGGGGCUCCAUAAACCCAUCGUAUGUCCCAAAGGUUGCACCUGACGGUCCCUUCCAGCAUGAAAGCCGGUUAUUUUUGCACUUUGUUUAUUUAUGUACUGUUGCGGCACAACAGUGUUUGUUUGUUUGUUUGACGCAAGUUUCUUUCUGAUAUUUAUCAUUGUGUGUUUCGUUAAUGCAAACAGACUGAAGGAAUUAAAGUACCAGUUGUGUCAUUUUAAGGUGAGGCAGCACCACUUUUUACUGGCAUCAUUUGUAAUGGUAAUGAGUAACUAUUCCCUGUGGGUCUUUCAGAAGGUGUGUUUUCUGCAUGCCCAGUCUAAGGGGGACAUGGCAGAGGAAAGGGAGCAGUAUUGUUAUCAUAUAACACUUGGUAGUCUUUUUAAUUCAUCAUUAAUAUAAGUUAAAUCUAGUUUUUGUUUAACACCGAUUAUGCCUAGAUUUUUGAUUAGGUCAUUGUCCAAUCAAAGCAUGCAUUCUACUCAUUUGAUAGUUUUGGACUUCUGCGUUGAAGUUGAGCAGACUUGAGUUCAGUGUUUCCCUCUGUACUAGUUUCAAGGCCCAGAAGGAGCAGGAACUAUGUGGCCAUGUUGGAGUUUUGUACCGUUGAGACAUUUAACGUCUCUCCUAAUUGUGUUCUGUACUUCACAGCCAAAUAACUUCUACAUCAGUUUUCCAGAAGCAUUGUUUUAUUGCCAACUGCUAGUUGAAUCUUUUCUUUCUAAAUGUAUCUUUGUUUAAUGAUUUAUUGUGGACGCUUUCAAAGGAGAGUAAUUAAUAUUGUAUUGGACACUAUCAAUGUAGAUCUUUCAUUACGUACUGACAAUAAAGUAUUUUGAUUGCUAGAAAAGGGUCCCACAGUGAGUUCAUGUUGAGGUUCUUCUGCUUUAGCAGGCCUACACCUCUUACUCACUGAAAACCAUCCAUUAAAGAGCCUCAUUCUAAUGCUAGUUUUUCACCGUUCAAUUACCUUGGUAUGCAAUGUUGACACCAAAGCUUAAUUAAAUGUGGGGCUUGUCUUGACUUCUAGAUCACAGUAGCACAGCAGUUCAUAGAUCACACACCAACACUGUUAUGACUGAUCACUGCCAGUGAGGUUGUUUCAAGUCAUGAUUUUAAAGGGAAGUAAACUGUUGGAGGUAUCUCAAAUGUUCACUGAAAUGUUUGCCAGUAACUGACAAAUGAUGAAUAAAUAAUAACUGAAGUUUUUGUGCUCAAUGGUCUCCUUAAUCGUAUCUUCUCUCGAGGCAGUGCCCUUACUGUGCAAAUACAAUUGAAAAUAACUGAACUUUUGCCUAAUCUUGGCAAGCAGGAAUAUCAACUGCCUUAAAAUACAAAACUCAAUGUUUUAUUUAUUUAUUAGUAAAAUAAGAACUGCAACAGGCGUGUAUCAAAAAGAUCAAUACGGCAAAGCCUUUACAAAAUCUGGCUCGACACAAGUCUUUCCCAAAAGAAUGUUUCUUUUUAAAUGUAUCUUUGUUUAAUGAUUUAUUGUGGACGUUUUCAAAGGAGAGUAAUUAAUAUUGUAUUGGACAGACACUAUCAAUGUCGAUCUUUCAUUAAGUACUGACAAAGUAUUUUGAUUGCUAGAAAAGGGUCCCACAGCGAGUUCAUGUUGAGGUUCUUCUGCUUUAGCAGGCCUACACCUCUUACUCACUGAAAACCAUCCAUUAAAGACCCUCAUUCUAAUGCUAGUUUUUCACCGUUCAAUUACCUUGGUUUGCAAUGUUGACACCAAAGCUUAAUUAAAUGUGGGGCUUGUCUUGACUUCUAGAUCACAGCAGCACAGCAGUUCAUAGAUCACACACCAACACUUAUGACUGAUCACUGCCAGUGAGGUUGUUUCAAGUCAUGAUUUUAAAGGGAAGUAAACUGUUGGAGGUAUCUCAAAUGUUCACUGAAAUGUUUGCCAGUAACUGACAAAUGAUGAAUAAAUAACUGAAGUUUUUGUGCUCAA